GUAUAAUCUAAAAAUUCCAGGUUAUCCUUUCAUCUUGGAUUCGAGAAGCUUGAACGGAUGGACUUAAUGAUUUAAAUAGGAAAGUAUCAAUGGAGAAUAUGAAAUUAUGAAUAUCAAUUAACUGAAUCUCAUUUCAGAUUUCCAGUGACGAGACAGAAAACCAAAGGUUGAGAAAUUCUUUGUGCUCAUCAUCGGUCACCAAAAUUGCAGUAAAAACGAUGAAGCAGACACUCAUGACUACAACUACUCUGCCUUACCUCCCUGCUCCUCUGAAGCUCAAGACUACAUCAUCAAUGUCCGUUUUAGCUCCUCCAUUAGUGCCUCGUUUCAAAUGGUUUGCAGUUUCAGUCUCUCAACAGCGGAAGAAUCCCGCCUCUAAAACCCCCUCAAAAGCCUCUACAAACCCUCUUCCAACUUCCACUCCAGCUACUUCUACUUCUGCAAUUGCCAACCCUCCAAAAAACAAGAAGGUAUUGGUGCCAAUUGGGUUUGGUACAGAAGAAAUGGAGGCAGUGAUAAUGGUUGAUGUUUUGCGCCGGGCGGGUGCAGAGGUGACAUUGGCAUCUGUUGAGCCACAGCUGGAGGUUGAGGCUUCUGGAGGCACAAGACUGGUUGCUGAUACUCUUAUAGCUGAUUGUUCCAGGGAAAUUUUCGAUUUAAUUGCACUUCCUGGAGGGAUGCCAGGCUCUGCACGUUUAAGAGAUUGUGAAAUUCUCAGAAACAUGACAAGCAAACACGCUGAAGAAAAAAGGCUUUAUGGUGCAAUAUGUGCAGCUCCGGCUGUCACCCUUUUACCUUGGGGUCUUCUUAAAAGGAAGCAGAUGACUUGCCACCCUGCAUUUUCUGACAAACUCCCUACCUUCUGGGCUGUUAAAUCAAAUAACCAUGUUCAUGGAGAACUAACAACAAGUCGUGGACCUGGCACUUCGUUUGCUUUUGCUUUAUCAUUAGUGAACCAACUGUUUGGUGAGGCUCGUGCCCAGAAAAUUGGAAAUUCUCUGCUACUGGAUGAUGCAGAUGAGGCUAAUAGGAAAGACGAACACAAUGAAGCUCAAUGGUCUCUGAAUCAUACUCCUCAGGUCCUGCUUCCAGUGGCUAAUGGUUCUGAAGUAAUUGAGGUAGUUACAAUUGUAGAUAUUCUACGAAGGGCGAGGGCUACUGUUGUAGUGGCUUCGGUAGAAAAAUCCAUGCAGAUCUUGGGUUCACAAGCACUUACAAUUGUUGCCGACAGUCUGAUUUCUACAGCUGCUGAAGCUACUUAUGAUUUGAUCAUUUUGCCUGUGAGCUGCUCUUCUUCUUUCUCCAUCAAAUUACAUCUCCCAUUGCGUUAUCAUGUUUUAAGAAUUGGGUACCUUUGUUCUGUAUUGAGUAUUGUCAAUCAAAUUAAAGAGUAUAAUUUUCAUCUGCUUGUUUGUUAGGGCAACAGUCACUGGUUUCCAGUGCAUUGCUUACUCAUCAAAUCUAGUGUGUUCGUAUGCUGAUGUUAUUAUUUUCAGCUUUGUCUUCUUGCCCAUGUUUACUUAGCAAGAGUCUUAUGCAUAAAACUUUGAUACUUGUAUGGCUGUUUCGUAUAAUUUCCUUUCUAGUUUAGUGGUGCUUCAUGUUCUUUUUUGUUGAACCAGUACUUUGUAGUUCUUUUUCCCCCAUUAACAGAUGCACUUCUCCAUUUGAACCGGUCUGCAUGUAAUUUGUAACACCUAUCAAUAACUCUCUUCUUCUCGUGAUGAGUAGAUGCUAAAUAUUUAAACUUAUUCUCCCUAUGUCCCAAAAUGAUUGUUCUGUUUGUUAUACUAAAAGUAGUACAAAAACGGGACAAUCAGUUCGGCACGGAGGGAGUAGAAGCAUCUGAUUCAUGCUUGCAAAUUUCAACACUUGCACCUGGCGAUUUCUGUAGAUUACUGAAAUGGUACUCUGCAUUUUCAUUUAAACCCCAAUGAUAAUAAUACAUUUGUAUUCUGAUGCCUCUCGGAAAAACUUUCUUUUUGGCAUUUCUUCUUCGCAUUUUAAUGAAAAUUUUACUUAAUCCACAAAAAUCUAGAAGAACUUAGAAACCAAUAGCCACCUAGAGAGGUUUCUUUGAUCACUAAAUUU